GCAAGACCAGGCUAGGCGGGUGGGACUAAGAGAAGGAAGGAGGGAGAGAGAACUCUCUAGAGUCUCCCCUCUGUGACUCGCUGUAGCGAUUAUGUUGUGGGAGGGAGCCAGCAGGUGCUCAAUGGAUUCAGUAACCCCACUUCCCUCCAGACAAGGUUCGCCCACCCAGGUCUUUCUCUUUGCUCAGUUCUCAGAGUUCCUGCAAGGUACAGGGAUCUCCCAAACCUGUGGCUCUAGGUUUCUCCCCUUUAGGAGAGACAACCAGGUGGGCGAGAAUGCUGCAAAACGGACAGCUUGGAGGGUCUGAAGAGCCCCUCAGGAAAUACUGCCAGGGAAUCGGUUACCCCCUCCCCCUCUGCUUCAGUAGUUCCCAACCCUCGCCGGAGGCUGUCGCUGUAGGGGGCCGAGUCCCUCCGGGUGGCGUCCUGAAAGAAAGCCGUCUGCAGGCCUUCGCUUGAGCCAGUCCUAGGCUUGAGACAUUUUCCACCUCCAUCACGGCCUGGUACCGGUGCUUCUAGUUUUUCAAGCAUUCUCGUGAUCCCUAAAUCCAUUCCAACCACAACAUCCUCAUUACACGCUUCUGGUUUUACUGGGAGAGGCCAGUUUAGACCGAGUAAAGACCCGGUGAACCGAGGGACUGAGGCUCAGGCAUGCCCGGAAAUUCUUUUUCUUGAAUUGCUAAGUGAAAGCCCGGGUAGGUAGAGGCCUGCCCGGGGCACUCGGACAAGCGCCUGGAACUCGAAGUUUGGCUGCGGUCGCGGAGCGUGGGGACGGGAUAGCCAGGGCCGCUCAGGUAGAAAGGCAGGUGCAAACCCCGCAGGUGGGAGCAUGCAGGUGCUGAGGGUGCCGAGGGUCCCCUGCGCGUGGGUCUUGCUCCUGCCCUUCCUGCUGCUGAUCGCUACCCCUGCAGCCCACGGGGCUUCCUACAAGCCGGUCAUCGUGGUGCACGGGCUCUUUGACAGUUCAUACAGCUUCCGCCACCUGCUGGAAUACAUCAAUGAGACACACCCCGGGACCGUGGUGACAGUGCUGGAUCUCUUCGAUGGCAGAGAGAGCUUGCGGCCCCUAUGGGAACAGGUGCAAGGCUUCCAAGAGGCUGUGAAACCCAUCAUGGAGAAGGCCCCACAAGGGGUGCACCUCUUAUGCUACUCUCAGGGGGGCCUCGUGUGCCGGGCUCUGCUCUCCGUCAUGGAGGAGCACAACGUGGAUUCAUUCAUCUCCCUCUCCUCUCCACAGAUGGGGCAGUAUGGAGACACAGACUAUUUGAAGUGGCUGUUUCCCACCUCCAUGCGUUCAAACCUCUAUCGGAUCUGCUAUAGUCCAUGGGGCCAGGAAUUCUCCAUCUGCAACUACUGGCAUGACCCCCACCAUGACGACUUGUACCUCAAUGCCAGCAGCUUCCUGGCCUUGAUCAACGGGGAAAGAGACCACCCCAACGCUACGGCAUGGCGGAAGAACUUUCUUCGGGUGGGCCAUCUGGUGCUGAUUGGGGGUCCUGAUGACGGCGUGAUUACACCCUGGCAGUCCAGCUUUUUUGGUUUCUAUGAUGCCAACGAGACAGUCCUGGAGAUGGAGGAACAGCUGGUUUACCUGCGAGACUCUUUCGGAUUGAAGACACUCUUGGCCCGAGGGGCCAUCGUGAGGUGUCCAAUGGCUGGGAUCUCCCAUACCAACUGGCACUCAAACCGCACCCUCUAUGACACUUGCAUCGAACCUUGGCUCUCCUGAGGACGCUCUUAGGGGUCACAGGGACGUUCCCAGCCCAGAGACCAAGUGGUGGCCUUGGAAAACAGGUGCCAGGUUGUGGCAUGCCUGUGACCACCUCAUUGCUCCCACACUGCCCCCCCCCACCAACCAGGGCUCCCAGAACCCCUUUGGCUCCGUGAAUGAUAGGUCCUGGCUCCCCUACCUCACAUCCUCCUUUGGGGGUGGCUCCAUGCCCUCCCUUUCUUCCGAGGCUGAGGUCAAGAGGUGAGGACCAGGUUUGUAACUGGCUUCUCUGCUGCUGCUGCUCCAUGUCUGGCUGUGCUGGAGGAGAAUCCAGCUCCCGCCCAUCACAGGGAUCUCCUUGCAGGCCACUCAGGACAUUUUUAGCUUCUCUUCCCUCUUCCUCAACUUCCCUGUCCCUCAGUUCUCCCUAUCCCCAAGAGGGACACCCAUGAGAGUGGGGUUCCAGGCUCCCCUAUGGGGACAGUUCCGUUUUUGAAGCGUCAGCGUUGGGGAAAUAUCUGUGGCCCGUGAGGCCCAUCUCAGGUUUGGGGACCCCCCAGUCCCUAUGAUCAGUAUUGGGGUAACCCUGGGAGCCUAGUUUCUAUGAGGCCCCAGCCCCUCUUUUAACUGCCCUUGAAUGGGUGUUCCCUGUAUUUAUGAAAUAAAGUUCCAUUUCCUCA